GGUAUUGGAACACGAGGGGGCGGGAAAAGGGGUUGCCUAGUUUCGGCGGGAGACUGGCAGGUAACGGUGGUUUCCUCGCGUGUGUACCUUUCCAAGGGCUGGCUUUAGCACAGCAGGUUAAUCAGCAGCAGCAGUAAAUCUUGCCAACCAAAGGACUGACAGUUCGAACCCGAGUCAGGGUGAGCUCCUGACCUUCAGCCCAGCUCCCCCUGCUCACCUAGUGGAUCAAAAACAGCAAUCAAGGCUUGAGAGUCAUGUCAAACUGGGUAUCAUAUUACAAAAAUGAAGACGAGGAGGAAGGGGAGGAACAAGAUGAAGAAGUUGAAACAAUUGGAGAAUAUAAAUAUUCAGGUCGGGACACUUUGCUUUUCUUAGUGGAUGCAUCAAAAGCUAUGUUUGAUUCCUUUGAUGAUGAUGAUGAUUUGGCUCCUUUUGAUAUGACAAUCCAGUGCAUCCAAAAUGUGUACACAAACAAGAUCAUCAGCCACGACAGGGAUCUUGUUGGCGUUGUGUUUUAUGGUACAGAGCAGUACAAAAAUUCAGUGGAUUUUAAGUAUAUUUAUGUUCUUCAGGAUUUGGACAAUCCAGGAGCCAAACGAGUUUUGGAAUUGGGAAAGUACAAGGGAGAACAGGGGAAGGCUCUCUUCAGCAAAACAUUUGGCCAUAGCACCAACUAUUCAUUAGGUGAGGCCCUCUGGGUUUGCUCCAAUCUUUUCAGUGAUGUCCGACUCAAGAUGAGCCACAAGAGGAUUAUGCUGUUCACCAAUGAAGAUAACCCUCAUGGUCAAGACAGCACUAAAGCCAAAUUUGCUAGGACCAAAGCUACAGACCUCCGAGAGACAGGUAUAUACCUCGACUUAAUGCACCUGAGGAAGCCCGGAGGAUUUGAUAUCUCCUUGUUCUACAGGGACAUCAUUAAUACAGCAGAGGAUGAGGACUUGGGAGUCCACUUUGAUGAAUCCAGCAAGCUAGCAGACCUUAUGAAGAAAGUAAGAGCAAAAGAGACAAGGAAGCGAGCUUUAGGCAGGUUGAAUUUCUAUCUGGGAAAAGAUGUGGCUCUUUCUGUUGGUAUUUUUAACUUAGUCCAAAAAGCUUUCAAACAGCCCCCUGUGAAACUUUAUAGAGAAACAAAUGAGCCUGUAAAAACAAAAACACGCACUUUUAACAAAGAGACGGGUAGCUUGCUUCUGCCUAGUGACAUGAAGAGGGCUCAGAUCUAUGGCAACCGUCAAAUUGUAUUGGAGAAAGAGGAGGUGGAAGAAACAAAGCGAUUUGAUUCACCGGGUUUAUAUCUGGUUGGUUUCAAGCCCUUGGUAAUGCUGAAACAACAUCAUUACAUCAAGCCAGCUCAGUUCAUCUAUCCAGACGAGUCCUUGAUUAGUGGAAGUACUGCACUGUUCCGUGCCCUGCUGACAAAGUGUCUGGAGAAAGGAGUGAUGGCCAUAUGUAGGUACACUGCCCGUCGGAACACCCCUCCUAGGUUUAUAGCCCUGACCCCGCAGGAAGAAGAACUGGAUGAGCAGAAUGUGCAGAUAUCUCCUCCAGGUUUUCAUCUGAUUUUCCUACCAUAUGCAGAUGACAAACGGAAGAUAGAUUUUACAGAAAAAGUCCCAGCUAAUCAAGAACAGGUGAACAAAAUGAAAGAAAUUGCUCAAAAGCUGCGAUUCAAAUACAGGAGUGAGAGUUUUGAGAAUCCAGUUCUGCAGCAGCAUUAUAUGAACCUAGAAGCCUUGGCACUGGACCUGAUGGAACCUGAAAAGGCUGAGGAUCUGACCAUUCCGAAGGUUGAGGUGAUGGAUCGCAGGCUGGAUAAUCUUGUGGAGGAAUUCAAGCAGUUGGUGUACCCACCAGGCUAUGAUCCUGACAGCAAAGCUACAAAGCGAAAACAAGCAGGGAAUGAUACUGAAAAGCCAGAAAAGAAACCCAAGAUUGAAAUCUCGGAGGAGGAACUGAGGAAUCAUGUUAAAAAAGGCACUUUGGGUAAACUUACAGUACCAGUUCUGAAGGAAGUGUGCAGGAUUUAUAAGCUGACAGGGGGUACAAAGAAACAAGAACUGUUAGAUGUAGUGACUAACUAUUUCAGUAAGCACUGAGUUCUGUGCACCUAGUCAGCUGUUCAGUCUCCGCAAGAGACUUUUCCUUAAGACUUCGAUCUUGACAAGGGAGAAAAAAACAGUGUAGUUAUAAUUACAUAGAAAUAUGUGCUGCCCUCCUCCCUGAGAGAUUGAUAGCACCUGGUUGGAAUGGUUUACUGAUAGAAAAAUACUUUAGCCUACUUUUGGUUCUAGAUUUCAUGAAAAUUUGUGACCUUUCUAUAUCUUUAAUAAAUACUAUGGUUAUUUA